AUGCCUUUCACACUGAAGGACGUGGCGGUGGAAGAGCUCCCCGAGAUUAUUGCUGCGGAACGAUACGCCUUCGAGACCCCUCUUCAGCCUAUCUUUCGUUUAUACUGCCCUGUUCUCGACGACGAUCGAGCCAAGGCCAUAGCGGACAGCGCGGCUAAAGAGCAAGACCGCGUCAAGAACCCAGAUCCUAAUAUAGAAAGGACAUGGAUCAAGGCCGUUGCCUCGGAAGGUUCUGAAGGCUCUGAAGCGAGCGCACAAUUUGCAUUUGUCGGUGCUGCGGAGUGGAUCUUCGUGACCGAAGAAUCGAGCUCUGUGGAAGCGGCUGUCGAGUCGCUGGCCAAGCGACACCCGGAAGGAGGGGCUAGACUCUUUGCAAGCCAGUGCUUUCAAGUCCUUCGCGAAACUGAAGACAGAAACCGGACACUCACAAGCGGGACGCGACCCUAUGCUUCGCUCGGCAGCUUUUUCACUCUACCAGAAUACCGCCAACGGGGCAUAGGUCACUUGCUGAUGCAAUGGGGCCUGCAGAAAGCAGAUGAAAAAGGCAUAGACACCUGGAUCGAGGCUGCGCCGCCGGCGGUCCCUUUCUAUCAACGCCAUGGGUUUAUACAGAAAGAAGUCACUCAGUUACAGCCCCAACGCCCAGAUGGGCUAUCGGAGAAAGUUGCCGCAGAAUGGGACGCUGCGGUGGAAUCAAUCUUGCCCAUCACCGCCGUCACUAUGUGCCGUUUGGCAAGAACCCAUUAG